AUGAUAAGAUCUUCUCAGGCUUCCCUGAUCCCUCACGACAGUCGUCGACGCCCUCUUCGUUGUCGGCGCCUCAAACACACCCGGACUUUCGCUCACGUCACGACAGCUGCCGCCCUCUUCGUCGUCGGGGCGCCGCAAGCACAGUUUUCUGAUUUAAGAUUUAACAUGGAAGAGCAAGACACAAAUGUUGAUGUUGAAAUGGGCAACGAGGAUGAUGAUAAUCCUAAGAACAAUGAUAUUGAAGAGGUUGAACCCGGUAGCAAAAGAAGAAAGAAGUCAGAUGUGGGUGGAUUGAAGUUCAAGUUGUCUGAUGUGGUUCUUAGGGCAGGUUUGGUGGUUGCAGAAGAGCUUAAGACUUCAUGGUGGUUGUUGCUGUAA